AUGCUUCGUCGCAUUCCCACAACCACAGACGGCAAGCCUGUAGACAGGUUGCAAGAGAGCAGUCGCGUCAACAAACCGUUCAAGCCACCAGCGUCUGUCAUGGUGCGCGAACAGCCGCUGCGCAAACGAAGGCGCGUGUCAUACAAGGGAGCACAAGCUGAUGUAGAUGACUCGGACUCAGACGAUGGAAGUCGGAAGAAGAAGAGGCGCAAGUCAGAGGGGGAUGCCAAGUAUACAGAAAAUCAGCCUGUUAACAAUAUUCAGCAUUAUCCAGUCUUUAAGCCGAAGCCUUUCGAGGAGGUCUUUGGCGCGAAGAAGUAUACCAUUCCUAUAAUGAAGAAUAAGGACGGCCAAAUUAUCAAGACUGUCCAGUCUAACAUCGCUCUCGGCAUUCGACCCCAGGUAAAUAUCAUCCCCCGCCCGCUUUACGACCCCAUGGAAGACCACGCGAUCGUCUUGUAUGAUCCUACCAUUGAUGAUAGAGAGACGGAUGAAGAGAGGAAGGACAGGGAGAAGGAAGAGGCGCAGGUUCAGGCUGCCAAGGAGGCCAUGGAGAAGAACGUCGGGUUGUACAACCCACACAAGAGCUUAAAGGAGUUGUUGGGAGGUAAUAAGCGGAAGAAACGGAACACGAAAGUUCCUGUAGUUAUAGAUCCACAGCUCAGCAAAGUCCUCCGGCCUCAUCAGGUGGAAGGUGUCAAGUUUCUCUACAGAUGUACUACUGGUAUGGUAGUUGAAAACCAAUACGGGUGCAUUAUGGCAGAUGAGAUGGGCUUAGGCAAGACCCUUCAAUGCAUCGCCCUUCUGUGGACAUUGUUAAAACAGUCCACUCACGCUGGCAAGCCAACCCUCGAUAAAUGCAUCAUCGCUUGCCCUUCGAGUCUUGUCAAGAACUGGGCGAACGAAUUGACCAAAUGGCUGGGGAAAGACACCAUCGCAGCCUUAGCUGUUGAUGGCAAAGGGGGGAAGGCAGAGUUACUCGAGAGGGUGGCACGCUGGGUCGCAGCAGGAGGUCGAAAUGUCACUCAACCUGUGAUGAUCGUCUCUUAUGAGACAUUGCGAACUCUCACAGUCCACCUAACUGGUUGCCGCAUUGGCCUUUUACUCUGCGAUGAGGGUCAUCGUCUUAAGAAUUCUGAGUCUUUGACAUUUCAAGCAUUGAAUGGCCUCGAUGUCAGACGCCGAGUCAUUUUAUCUGGAACACCUAUUCAGAAUGAUCUAUCUGAAUAUUUCUCUCUGCUCAAUUUUGCGAAUCCAAAUUUUUUGGGAUCCAAGAACGACUUCAGGAAGAAUUUCGAAAAUAUCAUCAUCCGUGGUCGUGAUGCUGAUGCCACUGAUGCGGACAAAGCAAAGAGCGAGCAAAAACUCAAAGAACUCGGCGACCUGGUGUCUAAGUUUAUUAUUCGGCGUACCAAUGAUUUGUUGUCUAAAUAUUUGCCUGUGAAAUACGAACAAGUCGUAUUUUGCGGACUAUCGGACUUUCAGCUGUCUCUCUACCGACUUUUCAUAUCGUCCCCCGAGAUCAAGGCUUUGCUGCGUGGCGCCCAUUCACAACCUUUGAAAGCCAUCAAUAUUCUGAAGAAGUUGUGUAAUCAUCCAGAGCUUCUUGAUCUUCCCAACGACCUGCAAGGGUGUGAGAACCUGAUCCCGGAAGGGUUUAAGGGUGCGGGUAACACCUCGAAUGCUCGAGGUCGCGACAAGGAUCUGAAUGUUCAUUGUGAAUGGAGUGGGAAGUUCCUGGUACUAGAAAGAUUCCUUCAUCACAUACGAACGGAGACCAACGACAAGAUUGUUUUGAUCAGUAAUUAUACACAAACACUCGACAUCUUCGAGAAGCUCUUGCGUAGCAAGAAGUAUGGAUACUUCAGACUCGAUGGUACCAUGACGAUAAAUAAGCGUCAGAAACUUGUCGACCAGUUCAACGAUCCUGAGGGCAAGGAAUUUGUGUUCCUCCUUAGUUCUAAGGCUGGUGGAUGUGGUAUCAACCUUAUUGGAGCAAAUCGGUUAAUUCUAUUUGAUCCGGAUUGGAAUCCCGCCGCUGAUCAACAAGCAUUGGCUCGUGUUUGGCGUGAUGGACAGAAGAAAGAAUGCUUCGUGUACCGCUUCAUUACAACAGGUACAAUCGAGGAGAAGAUAUUUCAGAGGCAGGCUUCCAAACAAGCACUAUCAUCUGCGGUGGUCGACGAAAAGGAAGACGCUGAACGGCAUUUCUCGCUCGAUUCACUGAGAAAACUCUUCCUGUUCAACGAGAAGACAUUGUGCGAGACGCACGAGACAUUCAAGUGUAAACGAUGUAAGAAUGGGAAGCAAAUGAUAAAAUCGCCGGCCCUACUGUAUGGCGAUGCUAGCACGUGGAAUCAUUUCACGAACGAGGAAUUGAAGAAUAACCACGAUGACCUCCUUCGCGCAGAGGUUGGAUUGCCUGAAGUAUCGUUUGUUUUCCAGUAUAUCAGUCAUUGA